UCCCGGAGCUGCGCCUGGCGAUCCCUGGCUUCCGGCCGAGACGGGCGUUGGAGCUGCUCGCCGCUCGCUCGCGAGUGGAGGGAGCCUUUGCUCCCCGACCCGUGCGACGGUGGGGAUCCUGAGGCUUAAAGGAUGGCCUCUUCAGAUCUGGACCAAAUAUGCUCUCAUAUUAAUGAAAAGAUUGGCAAUAUUAAAAAGUCUCUGUCAUUAAGGAACUGUGGUCAAGAACCUAACUUGAAGAUUGUAUUAAAUAAAAUAGGAGAUGAGAUCAUGGUAGUAAAUGAACUUCUAAAUAAAUUGGAAUUGGAAAUUGAAUUUCAAGAACAAACUACCAAUUCACUCAAGGAACUCUGUAAAUCUCUUGAAGAAGAUUAUAAAGAUGUGGAACAUCUCAAAGAGAACAUCCCUCCCCAUUUGCCUCAAGUAACAGUAACCCAGAACUCUGUUAAUGUAUCAGAUCUUGACCCUGAAGAACCUGUCAAAGUUGAGGAACCUGGAGCCACAAAGAAGCCCCCUAAAGAGCAAAGACAUAUUAAAGAAAUGCCAUUUAUAACUUCUGAGGAGUUUAAUGGCAUUCCUGCGUACAUGAAAUCCCGCUUAACCUAUUGUCAAAUUAAUGAUGUUAUCAAAGAAAUCAACAAGGCAGUAGUUAGUAAAUAUAAGAUCCUUCAUCAACCAAAAAAGUCUACUCUGAAUUCUGUGGCCAGAAAUCUCUAUCACAGAUUCAUUGAUGAAGAAACAAAGGAUACCAAAGGUCAUUAUUUUGUAGUGGAAGCUGACAUAAAGGAAUUCACAGCUUUGAAACUUGACAAGAGGUUUCAUGUUAUAUUGAAUAUCUUACGACACUGCCGGAGGCUGUCAGAGGUUCGAGGGGGAGGACUUACCCGAUAUGUUAUAACCUGAGGCCCUUGUGAGCUUUUGAACCAGCCAACAGUAGGGUAUAGAGGCUAUUCCUAUAGUUUCCUUAAAUGUAAUUUUUAAAUAUAUAAUUUAGUUUUUUUAUCAUCUAUCUUGUUUCUUGUAAAAAUAGAACUUCUUAAAAUAAAGCAUAUAGCCCUGUUCA